AUGUCUGAUGGCCAAGUACCGGAUCAUUAUUGGAAGAACCUGCUAGCGAUUACAACAAAAGCAACAGCAGAAUCGCAAACUACGGAAGUGACACCGAGACCUAUGAGUGAAGAGUGUCAACGACAACAUUUGUCACUACAAUGUCGUUAUGCAGAGUUCCUGCUAAGUUUGACGGAAAACAACCCACAAACGCAAUCGCUUUUUGCAAGAGAAGGAGUUCUCACAAAAUUGAUGAAAAUAUUAGAGAAUGACAACUAUGAUGAGCUGCUCGUACCUGAUAUCCUAUCGAAUUUCCUGUAUGUUCUACAGAACUUUGCGAAUGAAUGCAAGAGCGAGCUGGACUAUAUCGGCGAAUACAUCCUUGAUUUUGUUGAUAUCAAGGCAAUCCCGAAAGAAUUGGCUAAGGAAAUGGCAGCUUCUCUUGAGUAUCUAACGGUGGAUAUCCCUAUAAGCGGAAAUCUGGUCAAGAAGCUCCGCGCCAUUACAUAA